AUGUGGCGCAAGCGCAAGGCCUCACCAGCAUCUUCAGAUUCAACAGAGAACAGCAGAAAGAAAAGGUGGAAGGAGACCUAUGUGAUCUCGUCUAGUGACGACGAGAACGAAAACGAAAACGACAGAUCCAGUUUAGGCGAAGACGAGUGGUACAUCAAUUGCAUUCUCGACGAGACAAAAACGCAUUACCUGAUUGAUUGGGAGGGGCCCUGGUCACCAACGUGGGAACCCAAACAGAACGCUAGCGAGGCUGCGGUCGGAGUCUGGGAAGAAAAGAAGCAGAAAGAGAAAAGGAGAAGCGACCGGGGGAGUCGAGUGACUGAUACAUCACCUGCGCGCUCAUCAUUUUCACGCCUCGAAAUCCGAAUCUCAUCGAGUUCCGAUCCGGAAGCCGGGAUCGACGAAACAGAGUCGCCGCAUCACGACGGUCGUCUUGAUUCUCCAUUGUUUGUCCCGCUCCAUCAGGAAUCAAUAUCGGGUCAUCCCGGAGACCAAGCUAGGUCCGCUGAAGUGCUUUCGCAACGCAGUCAUACGCCACUUGCCUCCCAGGAAUUGCGCCUUUCUCAACCUGAUAUCACUAAAGACGCCAACCCUCAAGCUUCUUGCUCAGCCGCAGCACCAUACGCCCCGGUGGGUGUGUUUCAGUAUAUCUCCCGAUCUUCAAUACCCUCCCAAUACCGACUUCCUGACGAAAACACGGAGCCAAGUUCGCCUACAGGAUCCGAGGGCCCUCGAAUAAGUGCUAUUCAAGCCACUCAAACCCCCUCCUCAUUGUUGGCCGGCAAUCGAAGUCGACAAAUCAACGAGAUUGCAGAGACACCGCCUGGCCCACCAGGUAUUUCAGAAAGCCAGAGAACUCUCAUCACCACGAACGGAAAGGAUUCAGAUCUACAGCCAUUAAAGACUUCGAUCAGUCAGAGAUCUAGUUACUGCAAUCUGAUAUCUCAGUUGUCAUCGAGUGUCCUUUGCCCUACCGCUUGUCGCAUAGGCUCAGUGCCAGAAAGCACACACUCGCUUCAUCGCUCUCAGCAGACUACCGAGUACCAAUCAGCAAGUGUAGGAAGAGAUAUCCCGACAGUCGAGACUCCCCUGGUCAUCAUGGAAGACCGAGCAAGCGACAGGGAGACCCCUUCCUUGGCGGAGGCUAUGGAGAAAUACAGCCAGUUUGAGGGUUCAACACCAAGAGAGAAACUGCGAAAUGUAUAUGCUCAACUACGGGCGAAGCCCAACACUGAAACGCCCUUGAAUGUCGAUGCUAGCGCCACUCCAUCUUCAGCCGGAGACAUCGAACCAGUGCCAUUAAGCUUCCCCGAAACAACAGCCCCCCUUAGCGUGAGAGUGGACAGGGAACCUGGCUCAUAUAACUCCCAUAUUGAAGGGGGGUUGCAUUCUUCUAACCUACAAGCCACAGAAAUGGGCCCUCCUCAGCAACCUACAUUGGAGACUAUACAACCUAGUGCGUUAACUGUAGGCCAUCAGGAGCAAACACUUCCGGGGUCUGUGGAACUCGGACCUUCGGAGUUCGCUGUGCCGUUGCCGAUGGAUUCAAGAGUCAAGGAUGACUACGAACGGAUCCUUAGAGAUGAAGCUCAAAAUAUUGGCGAGUACGUCAACACGCAAACAUCUCUAGCAGAACCAUCUAGACCAGAGCACGAACGCCUAGCAUCAAGGAUGCACGGGUUACUGAAGCAACUGAGCAAUGUGUCGACGCAUCCCGAUUUAAACAUUGUUGAGCAUAUCAAGCAUUCUGAUUCGGAUCUGGCAAAGGAGGCUGCCUGGGCUGAAUACUCAAGCGCAAAAUUUCUGUUCCUGGGUUAUCUGGUGAACAUGGCAGGUAACCAUGAUAUGCACCUCGUGAUUAUGGUACAUGGAGCCAAGACUUCAAAGACCGUCGAGCGGUUUCUUAUGGGAAAGGGGCUUUCCUACACAAGGGCACGCCAGGAGAUGGGAGCCGGAACAAAUCUGGAAGUUUCCAUGGCCAAAGGGUCGUUGAGUUUUGGAAUCCAGUCCACACUUGAUGAUGGUAUCAUGGAGACCUACAAAGUCCCGGCUGCGAUUAUUGCACUUGACAGAUCUUUCAACGCUAAAUGUCCUUCAGUUGAACACAUGCGGACAACCUAUGCACGGCACGGGAAUCUACUUCCCGUGGUUCGGCUGCUGGUCUCCAACUCCAGCGAGCACGUUGAGUUGUGUUUUGCCAGUUCCCCAGAACCCGAACGACUUCGCUCAAUUAUACAAUACACUGUGCGUCUCCGUAAUGUAGUGGGUGAUCUCCAAGAUAAUGCCUUGGGCGUGCAAGAGGACUCGGAGGAGAUUAUAUCCUGCCUUUUGUCUGACAAUCUCAAUGCCCAUUGGACCUUGCCUUCUAUUGAGCCCUUGAAUCUGGUUAGUUCCGAUGAACUUGAGGCGGGGAUGAGAAUACUCUUGACCCAGUCUGGGGCUACAUCCUCAUCGGAUCCUCAAAUCCAGAAACGCUUAUUCGUGGAAGAUGGUGCUGAACAAGCUUCUAAACGGCAACGAAUGCAUAUUUCUCAGGAUACCAGUCAGUUUACAGAUACUUCCAAGGAAUCCACUAUGUUCCCGAGCCAAACACUGGACAAUGAUUUGCAUGCACUAGAAACUCAUCUCAUGCAAUUGAGAACAUCUCAUGCAAACGAACUCGAGAUGCUCCGGAAGACCCUAGCCGAUACGCAAUCUCGUCUGCAAGAACGGGAGGGUGCUCUCUCGAUGCUACAACAUCGCUAUGAGGCUCGCACGACAGAACUCCAUAAAUUGCGGCAAGAGCGUGAUCGUUUGGCCGAAGGCAAAGUUUCAUCUGAGCAGCGUCUCGAGAAACAGAAAGAAGAAAUCGGGAAGUUGAAGGAUGAGCGUACUCAGUUGAGACACGAACUUGAGAAAGCACGGGAGGCCUUGAAGGCUGGAGGAGGGAGCACAGCAGACGUGGAGGCUGCGCAGGAGGAAAUUCGUCGCCUAACGAAAGACAAUGCUUCAUUAGAGCGCAAGGCAGAAUACGAAGCCAAGCAAGCGGAAUAUACUCGUGAGCAGUAUCAGACCGCUUCCAACGUGGCUGCUCAGUCCGGAAAUGAGCUCCGUCAACUCAAGGAAGAGAAUGAGUCACUGAGGCGCAAAGUUGUCGGUGACGCUAGCCGGCUCAGGGAAAUCAAUCUUAAGCACGACGAAGCGCGGCAUCUUUCCCGGGUAAAGGAGUUGGAAGCCCUACUCGCAUCUCGCGAGGAUCUGUUACGCAGGAAGGAGGAUGAGGUGCGGGACCUUCGCAAGAAUCGACCUUCUACCCGGUCGACAAGUACGCAACCGCGCAGCCCGAAAUGGAAUGCCGCCAAUAGCCGUCCAACCAGUCCUGGAAUCAAUAAUAACAAUGGCUCAGGCAUUUCUGGACGAGGCAGCGGGUUACGGUUCAGUUCCGAGAUGCCACUUUGA